GACGGGAAUGAGGACGGGUUCACCUCGUCGGCAGCCAGAGGAGUCUCUGUCUGUCUCUCCGUCUCUGUCCCUCUCCCUCUUGCUUUCUCUCUCUCUCCUUCCCUUGUGUUGAUAAUGGAGUAAUCUUUUACAGGUAUUGCGUCCCAUCUAUUCAAUCUGCACAUUGGCCCAUCUUCUGUAUUCUAACCAUGUCUCACGGGUCGUCGCAUUCAAUAGUCUUUUUGCUCUCUCUACUCUUGUGCCUUCGUGCUUCCCAGUGGUGAGCUCUUGCGAUGUUGCUUCUGGCAAACUUCCGAUUUCACUAUCCCUUCUUGAAGUUUACGAGAGGCAAGUGCCUGUGUAUAUCCUCGUCAUAACUAUUCUUGCAUACGCUUUUUCUGUGGCAUCCUCCAAGUGAUUCCCUGCUCCCUGCCGUUUCUGCCAUGUAACCCUAAUUAUAAUUCAGGCAUCUUUCAGCAUCCGCUUCCUAAAAUUCAGACAGAAACUUUGUCUUCAAAGUAUCAGCAGCACCACCUCAUCUUAUCGGGCUUCAGCUAUGCCACCUUUCACUCCCUGCUUCGGUUUUUCUUUGCCUUUACUAAUCACCUGUUUCUUAACAUGUCCAUGGAUAGAACUCGUAACUGCUUCUGCAGCACCGCUCUACAAUCAUCGUUCAUGUGAGGCAGCAGUGCAGGAAUGGUCAAAUAAGGAGAAACUGGCCUUGAACAAAGAGCUGAAAUUGGUGCAGCCCGGGAGCAGGAAAAUUCUGGAACUUCUGUUCUUUUUGCAUAUUCCUCGAACCGGCGGCCGGACUUAUCACCAGUGUUUCCUGAAGAACCUAUAUUCUCCGAAUGAUCGGUGUCCUCGUUCAUACGACAAACUCCGCCUGGACUUGAGACAGCCCAGCUGCAAGCUUUUGUCUUCACACGAUGACAUGAGCAUUUUGAGCAAGAUACCAAGCAGAGCAUCUGUUGUAACGAAUUUGCGCAACCCAGUGAAUCGUGUGUUGAGCACCUAUGAGUUUUCAGUGGAAGUUGCUGCUCGAUUUUUGCGUCUAAAAUCGAUUAAUUCAUCCCGUAGUCCUCUCCCCCUUGCUAAAUCUCCAUCGCAGCUUGUUAGCACACUUACUAUCUGGCCUUGGAAGUACUUGGUCCCCUUCAUGCAACAUGAUAUUUUCACACGGCGUGAUGCUAGGUUAGAAGGGAAGGUCAAUUGGCCACAAUCCACCAAUACAACGUACGAUGCGCCUACGAUCACCAUGCCAUUAACUGAAUUCAUACAUCAUCCAGUAGCUCAUGAGCUUGUCCAUAAUGGUGCUACAUUUCAGGUUGCAGGUUUGACAAAUAAUUCGUGUAAUGAAGAUGCUGUGAUGGUUCGAAAAUGUAGUAGCCUGUAUCCUAAGCUUGGCCAUCAAGUGCUUGACGUUGCAAAGAGACGCUUAGAUUAUAUGCUCUUUGUAGGCUUAACAGAGAAGCACCAGGAGUCGGCCACCAUCUUUUUCUCCCUUGUGGCUGAUCAAGCCCAAGUCCAAUCGAAAGCUAUGCAAGAGAUUUUGGGUCAAAAUGCAUCUGUUCCAGUGCAGGAGAAGGAUCCACGAUUACUUCUAUUCGCAGCGUAUAAAUCUUGCCUUGCCAGCCUGCGCUCCUCCCAUGCCAUUCGUCGAGCUGCUACAUUGCAGCUCAUAAGCCCAGUCAGAUUUUCCCAAGAGGAGAGAAAGCGUAUUCCAUCUGCUGUUCUGGAGGAGAUCGUUUCCUUAAAUAACUUAGAUAUGGAGCUACAUGAACAUGCCAAGAAACUUUUUGCCAAGCAGCAGAGACAUUUCACAACAUCAACGGACCCUCAGGUUAAGCAAGACCAAACGGUUCUGUCAAUGUUUCUCAUCCUUAGCAUCAGUAUGAUUUUACUAAUCUUAGGACUUUUAGUUGCACUAAGAGUUCGUAAAAGAGUAGGGAAUGACUGGUUGCCUUUCUGGUUGCGACGGCUAUUAUUGUUGCAAGUUCAUGAAAAGCUGUAGGUAAUUGAUUUCUUGAUUGAGAUCAUGUCUUAUUAAGAGAGUGCCGAAAAUUUGGUAUACUAAUAUGAAGUGAAACUAUUCUGCAGAGUGCAUGUUAUUUACAUUA